CGAUGAUGAUAUUGAUGACGAUGAUGUUGGGGACAGUUUUUCUGUUGUCACUAAUAAUGCUAAUGACGAUGAUGGUGUUAUGAAUGUUGCUACUCUUGAUGCCACUGAUGCUAUUGACGACAGUGCUUUAAGUGACAACGUUGAAGCUGGUGAAACUAUUGACGACGAACUUGUCGGUGCCAAUGCUGUUUCUGUUGAUGCUACUUGUGACGGUGAGGCUGAAGAUAUAUUUUCUACAAAUAAUAAUAGUGAUGACGCUGAUUUUGGAGAAAGUUUUUCUGCUGCCACUGAUAAUGCUAAUGACGAUAAUGGUCUUAGUAAUGUUGCUACUCUUGAUGCCACUGAUGCUAUUGACGACAAUGGUUUAAGGGACAACGUUGGAGCUGGUGAAACUAUUGAUGACGAAGUUGACGGUGCCAAUGCUGUUUCUGAUGAUAAUAUUUGUGACGGUAACGCUGAAGAUAACUUUUGUGCAGAUGAUAAUAUUGAUGACGAUGAUGUUGGAGACAGUUUUUCUGUUGCCACUGAUAAUGCUAAUGAGGAUGAUGGUGUUAUUAAUGUUGCUACUCUUGAUGCCACCGAUGCUAUUGACGACAAUGCUUUAAGGGACAACGUUGGAGCUGGUGAAACUAUUGAGGACGAGGUUGUCGGUGCCAAUGCUGUUUCAGUUGAUAUCAUUUGUGACGGUGAGGCUGAAGACAAGUUUUGUACCGAUGAUAAUAUUGAUGAAGAUGAUGUUGGAGACAGUUUUUCUGUUGCCACUGAUAAUGCUAAUAACGAUGAUGGUGUUAUUAAUGUUGCUACUCUUAAUGCCACUGAUGCUAUAGACGACAAUGCUUUAAGGGACAACGUUGGAGCUGGUGAAACUAUUGACGACGAGUUUGUCGGUGCCAAUGCUGUUUCAGAUGAUACCAUUUGUGACGGUGAGGCUGAAGAUAAAUUUUUUACCGAUGAUAAUAUUGGUGACGAUGAUGUUGGAGACAGUUUUUCUGUUGUCACUGAUAAUGCUAAUGACGAUGAUGGUGUUAUUAAUGUUGCUUCUCCUGAUGCCACUGAUGCUAUUGACGACAAUGGUUUAAGUGACAACGUUGGAGCUGGUGAAACUAUUGACGACGAAGUUGACGGUGCCAAUGCUGUUUCUGAUGAUGCUAUUUGUGACGGUGAGGUUGAAGAUAAUUUUUGUACCGAUGAUGAUAUUGAUGACGAUGAUGUUGGGGACAGUUUUUCUGUUGUCACUAAUAAUGCUAAUGACGAUGAUGGUGCUAUGAAUGUUGCUACUCUUGAUGCCACUGAUGCUAUUGACGACAGUGCUUUAAGUGACAACGUUUUAGCUGGUGAAACUAUUGACGACGAACUUGUCGGUGCCAAUGCUGUUUCUGAUGAUGCUACUUGUGACGGUGAGGCUGAAAAUAAUUUUUGUACAGAUGAUAAUAGUGAUGACGAUGAUUUUGGAGAAAGUUUUUCUGUUCCCAUUGAUAAUGCUAAUGAGGGUGAUGGUGUUAUUAAUGUUGCUACUCUUGAUGCCACUGAUGCUAUUGACGACAGUGGUCUAAGCGACAACGUUGGAGCUGGUGAAACUGUUGACGACGAAGUUGUCGGUGCCAAUGCUGUUUCUGAUGAUGCUACUUGUGACGGUGAGGCUGAAGAUAAUCUUUCUACAAAGGAUGAUAGUGAUGACGAUGAUUUUGGAGAAAGUUUUUCUGUUCCCAUUGAUAAUGCUAAUGACGAUAAUGGUUUUAUGAAUGUUGCUACUCUUGAUGCCACUGAUGCUAUUGACGACAAUGGUUUGAGUGACAACGUUGGAGCUGCUGAAACUAUUGACGAUGAAGUUGACGGUGCCAAUGCUGUUUCUGAUGAUAAUAUUUGUGACGGUGAGGCUGAAGAUAACUUUUGUACAGAUGAUAAUAUUGAUGACGAUGAUGAUGGAGACAGUUUUUCUGUUGCCACUGAUAAUGCUAAUGAGGAUGAUGGUGUUAUUAAUGUUGCUACUCUUGAUGCCCCUGAUGCUAUUGACGACAAUGCUUUAUGGGACAACGUUGGAGCUGGUGAAACUAUUGAAGACGAGGUUGUCGGUGCCAAUGCUGUUUCUGAUGAUGCUACUUGUGACGGUGAGGCUGAAGAUAAUUUUUGUACCGAUGAUAAUAGUGAUGACGAUGAUUUUCGAGAAAGUUUUUCUGCUGCCGCUGAUAAUGCUAAUGACGAUAAUGGUCUUAUCAAUGUUGCUACUCCUGAUGCCACUGAUGCUAUUGACGACAAUGCUUUAGGUGACAACGUUGGAGCUGGUGAAACUAUUGAAGACGAGGUUGUCAGUGCCAAUGCUGUUUCUGAUGAUACCAUUUGUGACGGUGAGGCUGAAGAUAAUUUUUGUACCGAUGAUAAUAUUGAUGACGAUGAUGUUGGAGACAGUUUUUCUGUUGUCACUGAUAAUGCUAAUGACGAUGAUGGUGUUAUUAAUGUUGCUUCUCUUGAUGCCACUGAUGCUAUUGAGGACAAUGCUUUAAGUGACAACGUUAGAGCUGGUGGAACUAUUGACGACGAGGUUGUCGGUGCUAUCGCUGUUUGUGAUAAUACUAUUUGUGACGAUGAUGCUGAAGAUAAUUUUUGUACAGAUGAUAAUAUUGAUGACGAUGAU